AUGGAUCCGGGGCCCCGUUGUCAAGAGGAAUAUGAGACGGCGGAACGGGAUCUGCCCUACUUCAACGGGGGGAUCCCCCCAGAGAAACACUGGGGGUCGCAGACAUUGGAUGACCUAAAGCGUUGGAUAGGACCUGAUGGGCAGGGAAGGAUCGUGUGCUUGGCUAGUAUGACGGGUUGGGGAAAGACGAGCGUUGUAGAAAGGGCGGCAAAAGAGACGGGAGCGAUAUUUAUCAGUGUUCCGGGAGUUGCGAACGGGUUUUUGGACAGGAUGAGGGCGGAAAGUUUGAGGACGACGCGGUUGGCCCUGGAAAAGGCGGAGCAUGUUUCGGUCCGCGCACUCCUGGAAGAGCUCGAGGCGGUGGUCAAAACGAAGGUUUGGACACUGAUGACCAACGUUGCUGCGGUCAUAAACAAGAGUCCUUCUCAGGCGGUGUUCAAGCUCAAUGACAAGACGGACUACUACAGAUUUUCGCCCGUGUCGGAACCUCUCCCGUUAGACCUGCCCGUGCACGCGCGGGUCGUCCUGCUGCUCGAUAAUCUCGAGUUCCUGGGCUCCACGUGGCGCACCCCAGCCGUCGAUCUUAAUGACGUGGCGGUCAAGGGUCACUGGGCUGCUUACGUGUCCACUCUCCUUAGCGCCGCCGUUACGGAAACUUGCAAGCUCAACCCGCAGCUUCGUGUUGCCUUCGCGCUUACUCUCAAAGAGUUUUCACACCGCCUCGUCCUUCACGAAUCGGCGCUUCUUUUUCCGAUUGCAAAGCUGACUCUCCCGUCGAGUGAGCAAGUUGAGUCGGUGCUUCGAGCGUAUCUUGAAGGCCAGGUCGAGUCUGGAGCCGAUUUAGGGAAGUAUGCAAAGACGCUAGUUGGGCCGCCUCGGAUCCUCCAGCGCUUUCUUCAGGGGGUUUGGCCGUCAGGAGCGGAAACCGUCUUGCAGACAACCAUGGAAAGCUUCAUCGAAAGAGUGCGAGAUGCGCAUUGGACUGAGGUUUACGGGUCGCUCAACCUCACUGGUCUGCGGAACAAGACCCUGCUGAAGGCGUUAUGCGAACUCUGGAACGACUUGAAAGCAGCACAAAAAAGCGUGGGGCAAAGUGGCUCAGAUGUGUUUCCUCUUCUCGGCAGAGAUUGA